CGGCAGCGCGGUAUUUUCUUUCCGCUUGUUGGCUCCUGCCGGCUCCUCCCCGACUGGGCCUUGCGCCCCCCGCCCCGCGCGGCCCCCUGCCGCCGGGCCUGCUGCCACCAUGAAGAAGUUCUUCCAGGAGAUCAAGGCCGACAUCAAGUUCAAGAGCGCGGGGCCCGGUCAGAAACUCACAGACUCCGCGGGGGAGAAGGCCCCCAGAGAAAAGCCCCAGCAGCCAGCCCUCAGGCAGCCCCGCCAGGGACCCACCGACGAGGCACAGAUGGCAGCAGCAGCUGCCCUGGCCCGACUGGAACAGAAGCAGCCCAGGGCCCGGGGCCCCACGUCACAGGACUCUAUUCGGAACCAGGUGAGAAAGGAACUACGCGCUGAGGCGACCGUCAGUGGUGGUCCUGAGCUUCCAGGGACCAAGGAGGUACCUGAGCCCAAAGAGGAAGGCUCGACACACCUCGCGGUGCCUGGCGUGUACUUCACCUGCCCAAUCACGGGGGCCACUCUGAGGAGGGACCAGCGGGACGCCCACAUCAAAGAAGCUAUUCUGUCGCAUUUUUCUGUUUGCCUCUCCUUGUCUUGCCUGGGUGGUGUGCUGCACUGUUGGAAGCUCUCACACAGCUGGAGUCCACCUGCGGGGAGGGAUGAGCGUGAGGCAGUUUUCCUGGAGAGCACUGCUCGCGCAUGUGAGCACUUCUCCACAGACCCUGUGGCCGCCUCCAUCAUGAAGAUCCACACGUUCAACAGAGACCGGGACAGGGUGAAGCUGGGCGUGGACACCAUCGCCAAGUACCUGGACAACAUCCACCUGCAUCCUGAAGAGGAGAAGUACCGGAAGAUCAAGCUGCAGAACAAGGUGUUCCAGGAGCGCAUUAACUGCCUGGAAGGGACCCACGAGUUUUUUGAGGCCAUUGGGUUCCAGAGGAUGCUACUGCCUGUCCCGGAUCAGGAGGACCUGGAGGAGUUCUACGUGUUGAGUGAGGGCGCGCUGGCGCAGCCCCAGAGCCUGGAGCGGCAUAAGGAGCAGCUGCUGGGUGCAGAGCCCGUGCGGGCCAAACUGGACCGGCAGCGCCGUGUCUUCCGGCCCUCACCCCUGGCUUCCCAGUUUGACCUUCCUGGGGACUUCUUCAACCUCACGGCAGAGGAGAUCAAGCGGGAGCAGAGGCUCAGGGCUGAUGCUGUGGAGCGGUUGAGCGUGCUGCGGACCAAGGCCAUGCGGGAGAGGGAGGAGCAGAGGGAGCUGCGCAAGUACACCUACACGCUGCUGCGCAUCCGGCUCCCUGACGGCUGCCUCCUGCAGGGGACCUUCUACGCCCGGGAGCGGCUGUCAUCACUGUACGAGUUCGUCAGGGAGGCCUUGCAGAACGACUGGCUGCCUUUUGAGCUGCUGGCCUCGGGAGGGCAGAAGCUGCUGGAGGAAGAGAACCUGGCCUUGAACGAGUGUGGGCUGGUGCCCUCAGCCCUCCUGACCUUCUCCUGGGAUGCCGCUGUGCUAGAGGACAUCAAGGCUGCGGGGGCUGAGCCAAACUCCUCCAUCCUGAAACCCGAGCUCCUGGCGGCCAUAGAGAAGCUCUCCUGAAAUAAAGGCAGGGUUGGCCUCGGCCCACGGGUCUGUCUCAUCCUCUCCCUGUCCCCCGUCCCAAUCCAGGGCCACCCAGCCACCUCUGGAAACACUGGGCCUGGCCCCCAGCCCUACUCGGCUGGCUGGAGGCCUGUGCCCGCCUUGGCGGCAGCACCUCUGACCACCGUUUUGCAGAGCCCCUCGGGCAGGCAGAUGUGUCUCCCUGGGCAGAGCUUGAGCACAGACAGGCUCCAUGUGCUGUGUAUGGGGGUGGACCCAUCUGGCACUAAGCUGGUGACAGUGGCAGGAGAGAUGCUAGCCUAACAGCAUAGUUGACAUGUAAUUUCUAAAUUAUGAACCUAAAUAAAUAGAAUAUUUGAAAAUA